AUGGCUGACUUUCUUGGACCACAACAACCACCAACAAAAAAAUUUCGUUCGGGUACAAAUUCAAAUGAAUCAGAUUUUGAUUUUAAAAUGAUUUCACAAUUUGAUACAUCCGAUACAAAUAAUACACAAGAUUUAUUUGAUAUGACAAAUGAUUUUAAUGAUCCUAUUGAUAAUACUCAAUCACAACAAACAUCCACGUCAACAAAUCAACAAACAAAUUUAUAUCAACCAACACAACAACGAGUUAAUUAUAUUCCACAACCUCGACCACAAUUAUCAUCAUAUCAAACACCUAGUUUACAACGUAUACCAACAAUGCCAACAUCAACUAUUGUUCGACCAACAAAUGUUAUAUCAAAUGGUAUACAACAACAACAAACGAUUUAUACUCAACAACAAAUGAUGAAUACAUCUCGACCUGUAUAUCCACGUAUGUCAACAUCACAACAACAAUCAUCAAAUAUACCAUCAACACUUGUACGACAACCAUAUAAUACAUCGGGAAUGGUUUCAAUGAAUCAAAAUGUUACACAAAUGAGUAUUGUUAAAGCAAGUGAUCCAAAUAAUAAUAGUGUAUUUGUUACAAAUACACAACAACCAUCAACAUUAGUCGGUUUACAACCACAACAUACAGUGACACAAACAGCUCAAACAAAUAAAACAAUAUCAACUGGUUUACCUUCAUUAACACAACAACAAUUAAAUCAAUUUCAAAUUCAACAACAACAACAGCAACAAUCACAAAUACAUAUGCCACAACAAAAUUCUCUACAAUCUUAUAAUAUAAGAACUUCUAUGAUGGAUCAAACUUCAACUAAUGCACCAAAUUAUAUCAUAACAACUCAACCUCAGCAACAACAACAACAACAACAACCUCCGCCACUACCACAACAAGCAACAAUUAAUAAUAUUCCAACAUCAACUAAUAAUUCUCAACAACAACAACAUACUGAAGUUCAACGUAAACAGUUUAUUCAAAAACAACUUGUUUUAUUAUUACAUGCACAUAAAUGUCAACAACGUGAAAAACAAACAACUAAUGGUGAAACAACACGUCCAAGUACAUGUACAUUACCACAUUGUAGUACUAUGAAAAAUGUUCUACAACAUAUGACAAAAUGUAAUGAUCAUAAAACAUGUGCAGUUGCACAUUGCGUCACAUCGCGACAAAUUAUUUUACAUUGGAAACAAUGUAAUAAUUCUCAAUGUCCUAUAUGUCAACCACUUAAAACACCAUCAACAUUAGCUAAAUUAAAUCAAACUACAAAUAAUAAUAAUAAUAACAAUAAUAAUAAUAAUAAUAAUAAUAAUAAUAAUCCAACAACAACAUCCCUAACAAUAAAUAAAGAAUGGCAAAGACGUGUAACACAAGAAAUGCGUCAUCAUCUUGUACAAAAAAUAAUAACAGCACUUAUACCAAUAACUGAUACAGGUGCUAUGCGUGAUAAACGUAUUAUUAAUUUAGCUAAUUAUGCUCGACGUGUUGAAAAUGAUACAUUUGAAAUAGCUAAUAAUCAAGAAGAAUAUUUUCAUAAAUUAGCUGAAAAAAUAUAUAAAAUUCAAAAAGAAUUAGAAGAUCGUCGUGAAAAAAAACGUUUACAAGAUAUGCAAUUAGCUGCACAAAUAUCAUCAACAACAGGACAAAUAUCAUCAACAAAUGAUUUUAAUACGAAAAUUCAUUCAACUAUGGAUACAAUGACCGGUGAACAUAAUCUACCACCAAAUCGUACAGCACCAUUAAAUGAUUAUGUAACACCAUCAACAACAACAGGAAAUAUUCUUCAACAACAAACAAUUAAAUCCGAACCAUUAAUGACAUUAACAAAUCGAACUAUGUUAAACAAUAAUAAUAAUAAUAAUCCUAAUAAUAAUUCAACAUCAGGAACAUUUACAAUAACAAAUGUUCCAUCGAAUGAAAAUUUAAAUUUUCUUUUAAAUGGAGAUACAACAAUUAAUAAUAAUUCAACACAUGAUAUUGAUAUGAUGGAAACAGCAAGAAAUAGUAUUGAUACGAAUCAAUUUAAAACUGAAGCAUUUUCACCAAAAACUACCUAUCAACCAUCAACAAUAAAAAAAGAAGAUAUAACACAUGAUAAUUAUUCUCAUAUAUCAACAAAUACAGCAUCAACAACAGUGAUGAUUAAAUCUCAUUCAGAAUCAUCGACAACCGAUGAUAUGAAACCAAAAAUACCACAAAUUGAUGCAUCAAGUAAACAAUUACCUAAACAUCCAGUACAAUUUACAGCUGAAGAUUUACGUGCACAUCUUGAACCAAUUAUACAUAAAAUGAUUGCGUGUGAAGAUUCACAUCCAUUUCGACAACCUGUUGAUCCUGUUGCACUUAAUAUACUUGAUUAUCCAACUAUAAUUAAACAUCCUAUGGAUAUAUCAACCAUGCAUAAUAAAUUAUUACGUGGAGAAUAUAAAACUCCAUUACAAUUCUGUGAUGAUGCUUGGCUUAUGUUUAAUAAUGCAUGGAUUUAUAAUAAAAAAACUACACGUGUUUAUAAAAUGUGUACGAAACUUUCCGAAAUAUUUGCUGAAUCUAUUGAUCCUAUUGUACAAUCAUUAGGUUAUUGUUGUGGUCGUCAAUAUGUAUAUUUACCACAAGUUAUGUUUUGUUAUGGUAAUCAAUUAUGUUGUCAAAUAGCACGUGAUGGUAAUUAUUAUUAUUAUAACAAUUCUGAACCAUCACGAAAUAAUUUAUCCGGUGAUAAAUAUACAUUUUGUUCUAAAUGUUUUGAUUCUGUUAAAAGUGAAUCAAUAUUUGUCGGUGAUGAUCCAGCUCAAACAUUAGUUGAAAUUCCAAAAAGUUUAUUUCUAUCAUCUAAAAAUGAUAUACAAGAACCUGAAACAAUGAUUGAAUGUAUUGUUUGUACACGUCGUUGGCAUCAAGUAUGUGCAUUACAUUUAGAUCAAGUAUGGCCCGAAGGUUUUAUAUGUGAUACAUGUAUACAUGAAUAUAAUAUAAAACGUAAAGAAAAUCGUUAUGUAGCACCAAAAUUAACAGUAACAGAUUUAGCAUCACGAUUAGAAAAACGUGUUAAUGAUUUUUUACGUAAUGAAGGUUGUCAAACAGGUCGUGUUACAAUUCGUAUAUUAGCAGCUAGUGAUAAAAUAUGUGAAGUAAAACCACGUUUAAAAAAAUAUUAUCCAAAUCAAGUACCAGACGGUUAUCCAUAUCGAACAAAAGCUAUAUUUGCUUUUCAAGAAAUUGAAGGCGUUGAUGUUGUUUUAUUUGGUAUGCAUGUACAAGAAUAUGAUGGACGUUGUCAAGCUCCAAAUACAAGACGUGUUUAUGUAUCUUAUUUGGAUUCGGUAUAUUUUUUUCGACCGAAACAAUAUCGUACAGAUGUUUAUCAUGAAAUUUUAAUUGGAUAUUUGGAUUAUGCUAAACAACUUGGAUAUGUUUAUGCACAUAUAUGGGCAUGUCCACCAAGUGAAGGGGAUGAUUAUAUAUUUCAUUGUCAUCCACUUGAACAACGUGUACCGAAACCAAAACGUUUACAAGAUUGGUAUAAAAAAAUGCUUGAUAGAGCGAUUGUUGAACGUGUUGUUAUUGAUUAUAAGGAUGUAAUGAAAGAUUGUUUGGAUAAUCAAGUACAAACUGCUCUUCAUAUUCCAUAUUUUGAAGGUGAUUUUUGGGCAAAUAUUAUAGAAGAAAGUAUUAAAGAACUUGAUCAAGAAGAAGAAGAUCGAAGGAAACAAGAAGUUGAAGCAGCACGAGCAAUGGAAGAUGGAGGUUUAGAUGAUCCGAUUGAACCAGAAGAUCCAACAGAAAUUUCGGAUAAACGUAAAUCUGCAAAUACAUAUAAAAAGAAAAAUUUGAAGAAAACAACGUCAAAUCAACGAAAAGUAGCAAAAAAACAAAUGUCAAAUUGUACUGAUUUAAUAUCGAAGAUAUUUGCAACUAUGGAAAAACAUAAAGAGGCAUUCUUUGUUAUUCGUCUUCGUAAUCCAAUAGCAUCAUGUCCAGCUGUAAAUGAUACCGAUGCUCUUAUUCAAUGUGAUCUAAUGGAUACACGAGAUGCAUUUUUAAAUUUUGCUCGUGAUAAACAUUAUGAAUUUUCAUCUUUACGUCGUGCAAAAUUUUCUACAAUGGCUUUAUUAUAUGAAUUACAUACAUCAACAACAGAUAAAUUUAUAUAUAAUUGUAAUACAUGUCGACAACAAUGUGAUAUACGAUACCAUUGUACAGUAUGUGAAGAUUUUGAUCUAUGUGAAAAAUGUUAUAAUAUUGAACCAAAACAUGAACAUAAAAUGGAACGUUCUGUUCCAUCAAUAGUUGAAGAUUGUGAUCAAAAUUCUUCAAAUCCUAAUGGUAAAUCUAUAGCUAGUUCACAAUUACAACGUCAACAAUCAAUGCAACGUUGUAUUGAAGCAUUAUUACAUGCUGUUAAUUGUCGAAAUGCUAAUUGUGUUAAUCGUAGUUGUUUUCGUUAUAAACGUGUUAUACAACAUACUAAAGAAUGUAAAGGAAAAAAUAGUCAAUGUAAUGUAUGUAAACAAGUUAUAUUUCUUUGUUGGUAUCAUGCUAAAAGUUGUAUGGAUCAAAAUUGUCAAGUUCCAUUUUGUACUAAUUUAAAAUCUAAAAUACAAAAACAACGAGCAACUAGUUUACAAACAGAUAGACGUCGUAUGCAAGCUAUGAUGCAACAAAGACCGAGUACAAUGCAAACACAACCACAGCCAUUACCACAACCGCCUCCACAAGUAUCAAUUCCUCCACCUCGCACGGAUCCAAUAUCAAAUUCUCCUCAUAUAUCUUCUUAUGAUUCCUCAUUAACAAAUACAACAAUAAAUAAUAAUUCAACAGGUAAACCAUCAUUAACACUUAUUCGUCCUCAACAAUCAAAUUGGCAUUCUCAAUCUCAACAACAAACGUAUAUCAUACCACAAAAACCAAAUAACGGUAAACCACUUAGUAAUUUAUCUCAACAACAACCAUCAUCAAAUCAAUUAAAUUUAUUAAUUAAUCGAGUUAAACAAGAUACAUCAAUGGAUGAUCAACAAAUAUCAGAUGUGAAUGUUCAAAAUCCACAACAACAACCACAACAACAACCUAUGUUUUCAUCAUUAUUAAAUAAAACUCCAGCUAAUCGUUUACCAACAACAUUUAUUCAACCACAACAACAACAACAACAAUGGUAUACUACAACACCUCAACAACAAUUUACUCCACCACCUAAUUAUACAACAGCAACACGUGCUCGUUAUACACCUAUAAUGCAACAACAAACUCAAAGUCAACCAUCACCACAAACAUUAAUAGCACCAUUAAGAUCGAAUUCAUCUACACCACCACCAAAUUAUAUAACACGAACAAGUUCAACACCAAAUUUAACUCGACCACCAUUAAUACGACCUUCUCAAUUUCUUACUCAGCAACAACAACAACAGCAAGAUCCAUCUGCACGUUAG